ACUGAAACACCCGCAUCAAAGAAGCAAAGAAAAAAACAAUGAUACACGAUCACAUACGAGCACAACGGUACGUGAUUGUGUAGGGGUGUCUGUGUGCAUUCCAUCACAUUGCCUGUUAGACAGACAGAUAGACACAGCCAGUGUACAGCCUCAGCCAAGCAACAAACAAGCCCAGUGCCCGUAAGCCUUCACCACUGCUACGGCUGCUGCUGGUAGUGUAUCAUAAUCUUGGUGCGAUCUUGGAUCUUCUUACGCGUCGCAACGUGCGCGAAUGAGUCAUCGACGACCGCAUCGCAUCAGUUUUUUCGGUGAUCGCCAUCAUUCGCCCGUUUGAUUUCACCUGAAGCCUUAGCCAUUGGUCCAGGAAGUGUUUGCAGUGAUCCGUUGUGAAGUGACAGUGUCCGUGUACAGUUCGUGUGUGCGUGUGUGUGCUCAGUCAAGGAAAAGCAAUGAGAUCCGGUUGCUCAAGCCCGAGAGAAAUGCUGCUGCUGCUUGCACUGACCGCCCUCGGGACCAUUCCGGCCACCCUGGGGUGUGAUUCUGCCUGCGAUCGGUACCAGUACUGUGACGAGAGCAACAAUAGCUGCCGCAACUGCAGCGUGCUGUGCGCGAAAGACGAGUACAGCUGCUUCCACAAGUGCCAAAAUUACCUGUUCAAGUCUCUCCGAGAACGUACCACCGCCCUGGAAUCGGUCGUUGGCAUCUACAACACGGUGGCCUGUAUAGUGCUCGCGCUGGCCUGCGUCACAAUCGUGCUGCUGAGCUACCGGUACCGGGGCAAAAUACGCGAGUUUUGCCGCCUGCCACAGCUGAACAAGAAGGAACAGGGUCCGGUAGGGUACACGCACGAGAACCCGAACACCAAAAGCCCCAAAGCGGUGCCGAAGAAUGGGGCGAACGCGGCCAAACCACCGGCCUCCACCACCGUCAGCAUCUAUCCGGAAACGGAGGCGGACAAUUCGGUGCAGACGGGGACGACCUCGAUCAGCCACCGGUAUCCGGCGGAAGAUUCCACGGAAAGCUACUCGUACGAUAAUGCUGCCUGCAACGUGACGCCCACCAGCCAGAACCCGAUGCCGAAGUAUUGAGGCCCUGUUGGGAGCGCAUCCUUCCAAGGGAUCGUGGCUACGCUUUCAUUUAAAUCUUCCAAGUUUCCUUUUCCUUAUGCAGUUCCGACCGGUGGAACUACUCUAGUCUAGCUUUGCGUAUCUUCAAAUGCAACGUGUACUUCAACGUGUUUGCUUCCUUUGUUUUUCUAAAAGAUUUGUACUGAAAAGAAGAUAUUUUCAGUAGGAGUUCGUUAAAGGCCAUGCCUCUGAUCAGAUAUUACGCUGUAAGUUAGCCGCUAGUUAAGAUAGGUGGAAAGAUUCCUUCUAUUAGAAUACGUUUAGAUCUUCAACGCAAGCACACACUACACGUGCCUGAAUAUGAACAAGUUACUUAAAAUGGUCGAUUUAUGUAGACGUUU